UCAUCGUCCCCGAACUGUUCGGCGCCGGUUCAAUUCCCCAGCAUGGCUGCUCCAAGAAUCUCCAGACCCGUCCCUCUCCUCCUCGCCAUCUCGCUCACACUCUCCGGAGUGGCUGGGAACGAGAUUCUGGGCUUGAAGAUCCCCCUGGAACCCAUCCUGACGGCCAACGCGGUGUGCCUGACCCUGCCGGGUCUCAGCAAGCGCCAGCUGGGCCUGUGUGUCCGCAGCCCCGAUGUGACCGCCGCCGCUGUGCAGGGAAUCCAAGUCGCCAUUCACGAGUGUCAGCAUCAACUCUGGGACCAGAGGUGGAACUGUUCGACUCUGGAGAACGGGGGCAAGGUCCUACAGGACACGGUCAUCCUGAGCAGAGGUUUUCGGGAAAGCGCCUUCAUGUUUUCGCUGCUGGCCGCGGGGGUUACUCACUCGGUGGCGACAGCCUGUAGCUUGGGGAAGCUCCGGGGCUGCGGUUGCGAUCUGAAGCGGCGGGAAGACGACCAGAACCUGCGCUUCAAGCUCCACCAGCUCCGGGUGCAGGCGCUGACUCAGGGCAUCCCAGUUUCCAUCCCUGAGCCCGAACAGCGUUACCCCGGCCUCCAGGACUCCUGGGAGCGGGGAGACUGUAACCACGACAUCGAAUUCGGGGAGAAGUUCUCCAGGGUCUUUCUGGACUCCCGGGAAACCUCGAGAGACAUCCACGGGAGAAUGAGACUGCACAACAACAAGCUGGGAAGACAGGUAAACACAUCUGUGUGUAUGGACCAUUCUGAGUCCGGUGCCCGUCAUUUUGUCCAGAGCCUGACCUGUGUUUGUGAAAUUGAUCCUUAG